UUACAUAUAUAUUUAUAUAUUUAUGAAUUUAUAUAUUUAUUUAUAUAUUCAUAUGUUUAUAUAUUUAUAUAUUUAUUUGUUCAUAUAUUCAUAUAUUUAUAUAUUUAUUUAUUUAUAUAUUUAUAUAUUUAUUUGUCUAUGUAUUUAUACAGUUAUACAUUUUUAUAUUUGUAUAUUUAUAUACUUGUAUACUUAUCUAUCUGUAUAAUUAUAUAAUUAUAUAUUUAUACAUUUGUAUACGUAUAAACUUAUGUAUUUAUAUAUUUAUAUUAUAUGCUUAUACAUAUACAUAUUUACAUAUUUAUAUAUUUAUAUAUUUGUACUUGGAAUUUUCUGGAAAACGACUUUCAAGUGAGCGUGAAAUAGGAAGGCGAAACGUAUUACAAAGUGGUGAAGACGAAAAACCGAUGGGAUAG